UCAUCAUCAGGAGCCGGUAGUGAAACCCGCGGUAUUUUGAAUACAACGGAACACAAACAGACGCGAGCUUUAUUUUCGAUCUUCAAAUCCGUAAAUUAACGCCUUCAAGCAGUCAAAACAUGUCAAAGAAAGCACCGAGGGCAGCGCUGAAGCUCCAUAUGAAGAAGAAUGCUAAUAUACGGAUAGGAAAAAACACGGACUUGAUGGCCCAGCUCAACCUCCUGAUUGUCCUGCAUCGUCUAGCAGAGGAGUCCAAGGUGAAGGCCUUUGAGGAGAAAUCAGCAACCAUCAAAGUUCACCACGUCAGAGCUGUUGCAAAGAAACUGUUAAAGAGCACACGUGGAUAACGUGGAUAACAGGAGCUCCCCACCACAACCCUUUGUUUGUUCUACAGCAUUGACCAUGUGACCUUAAUUUUACUUAAAGACUUUAGUAUGUAUGAUCUAUGGUAUGAAGCACACUACAAAUUUGGGACUGGCGAAGAUGAAAAUGUUACUUCUAUUAUUUUCUUACGACUUUUUAUGUGUACGGUGGAAUUUAUGUUCCCUUAAGUUGGGCCCGUGAUUAGGCUGUGAUCCAUGAUAAUUUUUUCUUCAUGACUGUUGAACAUUUGCUUUUUAAGAUUUGUGUGAACCAUGAAUGAUAGACAAUAUCUAGCCCAGAUAUCUAAAGUAACACAUGUGUCCCUCAUCUCUUUGGAUCAUAUUAUGACUUAAUACCUGUUAAUAAACAAUUUGUACCGAUUAA